AUGGGUCAACAUUCAAGUAGUCAACACUAUAGUUUACCUUUCGAAAGCUAUAUUUCACCGCCAUUGAGUUAUGGUUCUCAAGUACACGUUUAUGGUAUUGCCACUGGCGACCGAUUUGAAAUCAAUUUGACUAACAACCGAGGUGAUAUCAUAUUGCAUGUCAAUCCACGUGUAAACGAUCGCCAAUUAAUAUUAAACUCUGCACCCGGUGGUAAUUGGGGCAAUGAAGAAUGUAAACCAUUAAUGAUUUCACGCGGUCAACAAUUCAAUAUUAUUAUUAUGGUGACACCACAAAGUUUUAAAGUUGCUGUUAAUAAUCAAUAUGCGGCUGAUUUUAAUUAUCGUAUCCCAUUCAAUGCAGCUGAGAAUGUUACAAUUAAAGGUGAUGUUGCCUUAUCAAAUAUGCAAAUUUAUCCAGGUGUUAGCCAAUAUGGUAAACCAUGGCAAUUUAUUAUGGAAACACCAAUUCCUAUCAAUAUGUUUCCUGGUCGUGUAUUCAAUAUAAAUGGUCGAUCAAAUAAUAAUGCUUCACGAUUUGAAUUCAACUUAUUAACAGGUUUAAAUCAUGGAGCUGAUGUAGCAUUUCAUUUAAAUCCACGUUUUGAUCAACGCGAAGCUGUACGUAAUUCAUGUCAAGGUGGUGGUUGGGGUGCUGAAGAAAAGCAAGGCGGGUUUUCAUUGCAACCAGAACAACAAUUUGAUAUUCAGAUUAUUUGCUUUCCAGAACAUUACCAGGUCAAUUGCAAUAAUCAAGCAUGGUUCACUUUUCGACACCGUAUUCCGUAUCAGUAUGUUCAAGCAUUGCAAGUCAAAGGGGAUGUUACAAUUUCAAGUGUACAAGUUAUGUAG